AUGCGUCGUGCUGGUCUUUUUGCCGUCUGCACGCUUCUCCUCGAAGGACGGCUUAAGCAGCGGGAGCGGCCGCAGCCGACCCCUGGCGCGCCGCUUGAUGAGGCGCAGGUGCAGGGCCUCGAGGCGGAGGCGCAGCAGCGUGGCUUCAUGCGCCGCGACGGCCCCGACGCAAAGGUGUACAUGGAGAUGAGCCUCAGUCGGCCGGAGCGCAUUAGCGGUGGCGUGCCAGUGGCGAACCUUCCGCCGGUGGAGCGCGAGCCAACGGAGUUUGACGUGUACCAGCGGUCCACGCGUGACUUCACGUCCCAAGUGACGCCGUACGGCACCACCGGCGUGGGACUUGGGGCAGGCUUCGGCGCACGCGAGGACAAGCGUCUUGGGUUUCUGCGGCCGCGCAAGCUGCAGCCCUUCGGCGGCGAGAGCAGCAUCGUUCCGAGGUACGAUGAAAACGGCAUGCCCAUUGAGGCGGGACUCACAAAGGAGCAACUGCUGAAGAAGCGCCUGGCAUACAUGAAGAGCUUUGAGGGAACCACAAUGAGUCACCGGGAACACUUUCUCCUUGUCGACCUGGAUUUUGAGAGGGACGCGAUGCUCUUCGGCAACACGCGCGAGGAGUUUGAGCGGAAUGUCACGAAGCUGAAGGAGGUCAUUAGCAAGUACACAAGGUGGGAGCGCACCGACAAUUUCUACUACUACGGCACGAUUUUGUUGAAGGCCCUCACGGCGUGGGUGCUGAUGGAAUGCCUGCAGCAGCACUACGAACUGAAGCUGCUUGCGGGCCACUAUAACGACUUUGUGGGGUCGAUGGAGGAGACAUUGAACGGACUUGAGGAGAACCUCCAGCGCGAUCUGCAGCGGGCGCGGGCUGAGCUGCAGUCUCACCGCCCCGAUUUUAAGCCGGUUGUGGAGGCUAUUCGACGUGAGAAGCGCCGCCUGCUUGAUGCUGAGGCAGCACAUGUGGCGGGGUUGCAAGCCUCUACAAUAAACAACAACAACGACGUCAACGGCAGGAGUUCUGUGCCUGGCGAAGAUGCUUUUGCCGCUGGGAUUGAGGUGACCCUGGAGACAAACGGGGUGAGGAACAAAGGGGGACAGCAGUUCCCUUCCCCUGCACCGCAGCAGGCGCAAACACAGGAGCACUCGCCAUUGGUGUCCUCGACAACACAUGACAGUGUCAAGGGCCACCACCCGAUGGACACGAUGCACGAAGAGCUUUAUUUGUCUACCCUACAAGGACAAGAGACACAGCACGAGAUGCGGCGUUUGCAGGAGGCCGCAGCGAGCAGCCGGGCAUCCUACAGUGUAUUUGGCGCGCUUUGGAGGAAGAUACGUGGGGGUGGUGGUGAUUGUGCGCUCGUGACGCCUCUGCAACAAGAGGACUUUGCUCGUCUCUCAUACGCGGCAAGCCCCACGAGUAUUGAAACGCUGCGUGCCAUACGCCGCAUUCUUCUGCCACGAAGCGAAGACCACAUUCAGGUGGUGCGGGAGGAGAUGCUGGAGUACAAGCGGCAGAAGGAAUCCAAACUUGUCCACCCCGAGUAA